AAAAAUCCAAAAAACAAAAAAAAAAAAAACUCGACCGCGGGUCUUCCCAACCCCAAUCCCCUUCUCUCCCUCCCUCCCCCUCUCUCUCCCCCCUUGAUUUCCCAAUCUCGACUUGACGGGCACCGGACAGUAUUUCAACCCUCCCCAAUUGUAUUCCGAAAUCGAGGGUUCUUGAUCAUAAAUAAGUAACCAUGUUUAGCCGGAUUUUUGGGAAACCUAAGCAGGAGACCAAUGCUCUCACCACCUUAGACAAGUUGAACGAGACGCUUGAAAUGCUGGAGAAAAAGGAGAAGGUACUCAUAAAGAAGGCUGCGCAAGAGGUUGAGAAGGCCCGGGAGUUCACUAGAGCAAAGAACAAGAGGGCUGCUAUACAAUGUCUGAAGAGGAAGAGAUUAUAUGAACAGCAAAUCGAACAACUUGGAAAUUUCCAGCUACGCAUUCAUGAUCAGAUGAUAAUGUUGGAAGGAGCAAAAGCUACAACAGAGACGGUCGAUGCUUUAAGAACUGGAGCAUCGGCAAUGAAGGCAAUGCAGAAAGCAACGAAUAUUGAUGAUGUCGACAAGACGAUGGAUGAGAUCAAUGAGCAGACCGAGAAUAUGAAACAGAUCCAGGAAGCAUUAUCAGCUCCUCUUGGUGCUGCAGCUGAUUUUGAUGAGGAUGAAUUGGAGGCAGAACUUGAAGAACUUGAAGGUGCUGAGUUGGAAGAGCAGCUUCUUCAACCUGCAACCACAGCCCCUGCAGCUCCAGUGCACGUUCCCACUGGCCCACGGCCUGUUCGUCCUGCUCAGAAGCAAACAGCUGAGGAAGAUGAGCUCGCUGCUUUACAGGCAGAGAUGGCACUUUAAGCAGGUAAUUUCUUAUUUGUAAAGAGCUGGCUUAAAUUGUAUUCCUGGGUAUUGCCUGCUUCUGCUUCUGCUGCUGCUGCUGUGGUCGUUGUAAGUUAGCAUUCACGCAUGCGUCCACAAUCCCGUGUGAGUUGGUAGUAGUGAUAAUCAUACUCUGUAAAUUAAGACGGAAUGAAUCAAUUGGAGUCAGUGCCCCUCUUAUAUUGCUGGUUCUGGAGCUUGGGAGAGUUGUUUAUACUCCAUUCAGAUCAUUUCUUAUUUUUUUUAUCAUUUGAUAUGAAAACCUUUACGUACUGCAGGCGAAGUAGCCAGUGGUAGCUGUUUCUGUGCUAUCAUUUCUCGGUAUGUUAUGUCGAGAUGGGUGAAUUUAUUUCUAGGAA